AUGUACAGAAUAGACGUUUCAGAUUUUUAUGACUUCCAAGCCUUCAGAAAUAUGUGUCCAUUUCGAGACUAUAACAAAGCAGUCGAGAAUUUGAAACGUUUAGUCAUUUAUGUCGACUCUGCCCCAGAAUGUUAUGUCAUGAAAGAAUGGGAUGUAGUCUUUAACAAACCAAGAGCGACAAUAGUUUCAGAACAAGAAUGUAAACAGAAACUUAAGAAAAUAAAAGUCGUACAAGUUGGCAUGAAGAUGUUAGAUGCUUGGGAUAUCUUAUUGUCAAAGUUAGAAGAUUUUUCAGUUCGUGGUAUAAAGUUCUAUACACCAUCUCCAAACUUCUAUUCUAUCUUCACUGGAUAUAAAUACGAACAAGUAGAAUGGAAAGAAAAUGUUAUAGAAGCUUGGUUAGACCAUGUCAAAGAAAUUAUAUGCAAUGGAAACGAAAGAGUCUAUGAGUAUAUCUUAUGUUGGUUUGCAAACAUCUUACAACAUCCAAGUGCUAAAAAUGAAACUGCUCUCAUUGUAAUUGGAAAACAAGGAACUGGUAAGAACA